AGUGUGUUUACAAAUAUGGAUAGAAAGGUUAAAAUCCCUUCAUAGUUAUUCAGCAAACCCUUCAUCACCUACUCACCAUGCGUAAGUUGACGAUUGAAAGUAUUCCAAUUUAUAAUAUUUUAACAAUACAUUAAAAGGGUUUUUAUUUUACAAUUAAUAAUUUCGAGCCUACAUGUUAAAACAAAGUAUCAUCGCUUUUUUUUUCGUGAUCGGUUCAGUUUCUACUGUUGGCAACCGGUUCACAGCCACUCAGUGUGGAAACGAACUUUAUAGUUGUCUGCUGUAGGGGUGCCACUAUAAAAAUAAAGGAAAACUCCCAAAAAUUGAUUUAUUCAGUUCCUUUUUUUUUAUAAGUAAUGAUUUUGUCGACGCGCAUUCAGAUAUUUUCAAGAAAUUCACAUGUAAUUAGCUAGCAUUUUAUGUUCGACUGAGCUGUGUCUCGGUUAAGGUAAAUGGUUAGAGGUGUUUUCGGGUUGAGAUGGUAGAAAUUUAUUUUAAUCGUUACCUGUAAUUUAAAUAUAGUGGUAUAAAUUUGUUUUAUGCUUUAAUUGCUUAGCUGAGUCUGUUUCCAACGAUAUAUAUACCUGAUCCUGUUGACGCUGCCUUACUGUUUACUUGAUACUAACUGCGACAUGAUCAUGUGAUGCUCCAGCGAUCGUUAGGGAUAUUCAAUGUCAGUAGUUUAUGGCCAGGGCCUAGACUGUUUUCCACCCUAGUUACAAGUAUAUAUUACUAGAUAUUGUUCAAUAUUCACUUGAAAUGGAAAACCAAUUAGGAUGGAAAACAGUCUUGGCUCUGACCGUAACAUACCUGCAUUAAGGUCUCUGUUUUUUAUAAAUCAGUCUCGGCUUCGCUGUAUCCCUAAGUAUUUCUGGAGAACCACAAUAUCACGUUGUAGCUAGUAUCAAGUAAACUGUAGUGCGGUGACAACAUGAUCAGAGAUAUUUCAUGGUGAAAACAGCAAAAAUUUACGUCCCUACAUUUACAUUAAAGGUAAUAUGUCCAAUAAUUUUACACUACCCUUUAAACCAAAAAUGCUAUUUUUCACAUGUGGCUGGAAUGGUAGUAGUAGUAGUAUUCAACAUUUGCCUGGACUCAACAUGGCGGUGGCCUAGUCACCGCGCAGGAAAACACAGCAUGCUGCCAUCUGUGGCAGAUGGCGCGAACAACAUUUCGCAAAAGACAGAGAGAAACUUUAUAGUAUUAACUGUUUAAUGAAUUUGAUCAAGAUGGGCAGUAUUUGAAUAAAACUCCAACAAAAUGACAACGGUUCCGAAGCAGGGAUGCAUUAGUGAAUGCGAGUGUCGCAUCCCUAGAAAUCUCGAGUCAAGUUGACGUAAUGGAAAUCCCUCGUGAGAAUUCGGAAGCAACACAAAGAUGGCCGCAUCCACUACGAUGCACGUCUAGAGGAUCCUUUAGCUGAGGGAUCCAUUAGGCUGGCAUCUGGAUGCAGCUGAAAUCUUUCCUGCGGCACUGGCAAGUGGCUUCCGAAGGAAUCCCCCGUGAAGGCGGAGGGCGUUGUGUCUGUGAGCCACUUUGUUGUUGUGGCCGUGGCGCUGCGAAGCGGAGUACGUGAUGUUCGUGCACCUGGGCGAGUGGCCGGUGGUGUUGGAGUGCCCCGUGUGCGAGCGACGCGUGACGACGCGUGUGUCCAGGAGCAUCAGAAUGUCCACGCACCUCAUGGCGCUCUGCUGCUGCGUCAUCGGGUGCUUCCCGCUGGCCGUGCUGCCGUACUGCCUGGGGGGCAGCUACAGGGUGCGCCACUACUGCCCACUCUGCGGCGCGCUGCUGGGCCACGCCUGGGACUAGCGCAGCCUCUCAACCAAUCACGAGCCGCGGAUCACCGCUCCACUGCAAAACAACAAUAAACACGGCUCUUCAAACUACUUCGCCCGCCUCUGGAUCAUUACUCUGCAAAAUGUUUUUCAUGUCACUGGAACAAAAAAAGAUAGUUUCUGCAGUAAUACUGGGUUCUGAUUCUUACCCGGGCAUGUAUUAUUUGUGCUCAGAGUUAUUUGUAAACCGUUCCUUGAAUAGCUUUCCAGUAUUAACUGCACACACUAAUAAGCCUGAUAAAUAAAAUAAAGUCAAAUUAUUGAAUA